GCUAUAAAAGCAGACAGAAAGAACAUUAGUUAGUCUUCACUGAAAGAGGUAGACUCUUCAUUGCUAAGCCCAUCAUGGGGGGUACCAAGCUUUGCCUUUUGCUGCUACUGGGAACAUACGCACUAGCCCAGCAAGAUGUGGGAAGUGUUGAUGAACAAUCUCCAGUUUGCUUAUUGGCCAAACGAUUCAAGAACUUCCGGCGGUUUAUGUACGACUAUGAAGCUGAGACCUUUAACGGCGUGAAUGGAGCUACCGACAACAAGAGCGGCCCCAAAGUCUCCUGCAAAGUUGAGGUUGAAGUGCCCCAGACCUGCAGCUUCGUCCUCCGCACAACAGAGUGCUCUCUGAGCGAGAUCUCUGGCGUGGACGAAGAAGGGAACGCACUGUACCGUGCCGCUGAAGGAACUCAGGCUUUCGGAGCUGCCAUGGCCAAGAACCUCUUGAAGAUCACAGUCGAAGGACAUCUCAGUGUCAGACUCUUCCCCGAGGACGACGAGCCGGUCAACAUCCUGAACAUCAAGAGGGGAAUCGUCUCCGCUCUCAUCGUGCCAGUAAUGGAAGAGGAGAAGAACAAGCAGAUGUCCACCGUGCACGGAGUGUGCCCCACCGACUUCACCGUCAACGCCAGAGAGGACAUCGCCACCGACGUGACUGUCAGCAGGGAUCUUUCCAAAUGCGACACUUUCUUCGCCCGCCGGCAGGCCACCAGCCCGCUGGCCCUCAUCACUGGCAUGAACUACCCUCUGUCCAAGCUGAUCGGCAGCACCCAGACCUGCAACUACAAGUUUGACAACCAGAAGAAGCACAUGACUCGCGGAAGCUGCACAGAGAAGCACAUCUUCCUGCCCUUCUCCCACCAGGGUGAAUAUGGAAUUUCUACUCUGGUGAAGCAGACCGUGACUCUGAGAGAGACCGCCAAGAUCAACGACAGGGUCUUUGACCGCAAUGAGUUCAACUACAAGGACCUGGCCAUGGAGGUAGCUGACGACAAGUCCCUUGUGCAGACCAAGUACGCCGCCAUCGCCGCCAUGCAGCAGCUGAACACCCUGUCGCAGACGACUCAAGGCGAGGAGCGCGCCAGCCUCUUCCACAAGCUGGUGUCUGAGCUGCGCGGCCUGAAGGUUGACAUCCUGGGAUCCGCCGCCCUCGAGAUGAUGGACAUGUCCAAGCCCUUGACGUGGCAAGCUUUUGCCCAGUGCGGCACCCCAGAGUGCACCAGCGCCAUGCUGAAGAUCCUCAGGACCUUCGAUGAGAGCGCUCUCGAGGUCGAUGCUGUCGUCUACGCCCUGGGGCUGCUGCCAAACCCUUCCCGCCUCAUGGUGAACGACAUGCUGGCGAUGGCUCAGUUCAAGCAGAGCAGGCCCAUCAUGUAUGCUCUGAGCAACGCAGUCAGGAAACUGCACCAUGCUGAGGGCGUCACCCCCGAGAUCACCGCCGUCUCUGAGUACAUGACUUCCCUCCUGGGCGCCGACUGCGCCGGAGAGAAAGAUCUGACCUUCCUGACCUUGAGGGUUGUUGGUAACAUGGGAGAUGCCAUGGAGGCCGCUGACGCUACCAUAAAGACCAUCCUGCUGAAGUGCAUGAGACAGCCCGCGACAACACUGUCCGUGCAGCUGGCCGCCAUCCAGGCUUUCAGACGCAUGUCUGCCACAGACGAGGUUCGCUCGAACCUCCAGAGGGUCUGCCAGUACCCCAAAGGUGCCGUGCAGAAGCGCCUGGCAGCGUACCUGAUCCUGAUGAGGGACCCUCAGGACAGCGACAUCGAGAUGGUGAAGAAGAUGCUGAAGCAGGAGCAGAACGUGCAGAUCAAGUCCUUUGUGAGCUCUCACAUCUACAACAUCAUCACCUCCACUGAUGCAGACACCCAGAAGCUCCGUCAGAAGGUAAUGGACGCCAUGCAAGACACUGAGGUCGCCACACACAGCGACUACACCACAAAGUCUCGCAACUACAAGCUUGGCGUGGCACAGGAGAACGUGCAGGCCGCCAUUCAGGGCAACGUUGUGUUCGAUCCCAGCAGCCAGCUGCCGAGGGAGGUGCUGCUGGAAACUACUCUGAAAGCUUUUGGUUUCAGCAUGGAUCUCUGGGAGAUUGGCAUGGACGGAAGGGGCUUCGAGCCAUCUAUUGAGGCUUUGUUUGGAAAGAACGGCUUCUUCCCCGACACUUUGGGCAAGACUUUGUACUGGACUUUAGACAAGAUUCCACAAAAGAUGAGAGAGGAGCUGGGGAAAUGGGCUUCUCCCCUGGACAUCGAAGGGCAAAAGAUUCACGGAGAUCUUGUGAGAGAAAUUGUUCGCAACUUCAACAAGCUGGUGAAGGAUCUGCAGUCUCAGGAGUCCCCAGAGGCCAUGGCCUACCUGAAGAUCAUGGGAGCUGAGCUCGGCUACAUCAAGAGCACCGAUAUGAAGUUCAUUGCUGAUAACGCAAUGAUGUAUGCAGAGAUUUUCAUGAUGAUCAUUCCUACCCAGGUCGUGGCUAAACUGAUGUCCAGCACUGACAAUGAGAUCUUUGCCCAUUACAUCUUCAUGGACAACAAAUUCAUCAUGCCAACAGCGUCUGGCUUGCCUCUGACAUUCGCUCUGUCCGGCACCUUCGCUCCUGGAGCAAAGGGAGGCCUUCGCAUGGCUCCAAACAUGAAGGAGCUGCUGUUCUCGCCCUCUAUCGGAGUCGAGUUUGUGACCAAGAUGGGAGUCCAUGUCCCUGAAUUCGUCGUGUCCGCUGUCGAGAUGCACACCAACAUUUACCACGAGAGCACACUCAACGCCAAGAUCACCAUGGAGGAGAACCAGAUCAAGCUCUCCAUUCCUGCCCCACAGGGCACCACGAAGCUCUUGAGCAUCAGCAAUAAAGUGCAGAUUGUGGGCACUGGUCUGGCCGCCGUGAUCCCACACAGUGAGGGUGAAGCCGUCUGCAGACCUCUCUUCUCCGGAGUCAGAUACUGCACCAAGACACUCCGCGCCAACACCGGCGACAAGACUGACGUUCCUUACUUCCCCCUGAAUGGAGAGACUAGGUUUGAUCUGGACAUCAAGCCCUCCAGAGAGGUCUCUGAGUACACCGCCACCAUCGCCUACAAACUCCUCAGCGAAGGAAAGGACGGACGCCAGAAGGUUGAUUCCCUGAAGUGGGCCCUGAGAGCCGAAGGUGAUCAGCCUAGCGAGGCUACAGCCACCAUGAAGUACAACAGGAACAGGAAUGUGUUCACCACCCAGAUCCAGGUGCCCGACUUUGACGUCGAGGCCGGUGUUAAGGUCGGCAUGACCGACAGCAGCGCCAGAGGCAAAUCCAUCAUCCUGGAGAUCUCCAACAAGAACAUGCCCCAGCUCUCUCUGAUCGGCCGUGCCAAGCUUCAGGCCGUGAAUGAAGGCAUGCUGCAGGUUCAGCUGUUAGUCCCCUCACUCGAGGCCGACGCCGCCGUCACUGCCACCAUGAGCAGAGCUGAUGGAGUCACCCUGGAGAUCAAAAGUGAUGUCAAGCUCCCAAAGACCUCCUCCGUUCAGACAGUCACAUUCAAAUAUGGUGAAGACCAGGCUGAGGUUCAGCUGAUGUCCAACAUGAACGCUGAUACUAAGAUCGUGGUGCCGUACACUGAAGCCCUCCAGGUCUGGAUCGGGCAGCUGCUGGAGGACGUCAUGGACCAGCAGGUUGUCAAGACCGACAUGAAGCUGCGUCAUGUCUUCAACAAGGCAGUUGAGGCCGGUGAUAUCUAUCUGGACAAGAUCUCAGCUGAUGUCCCGUACGUUGAGACUCUGAGGAACAAAAUUGCAACUGUGGAAAUGCCUUCCAUGCCUGAGAACCUAUUCAUGAACCUUGACAGCACAUUCGCAUACAAGUUCAACAAGGACCGUUUGACCAUCACUGUCCCUCUGCCUCUCGGAGGCAAAUCAUCUGAGGAGCUGAGGAUACCUCCGAUGGUCAACUCCCCACGCAUCUCAAUGCCUCAGCUGGGCAUGGAGUUUGCCUCAAAAGAGAUCCAGAUCCCCACUUUCACCAUCCCUUCUGAAUAUGACCUCACCUUGCCUCUGAUGGGACUGGUGGAAGCAUCCGCCAAGGUCAACAGCAACUAUUAUACCUGGGAGGCAACUGUGUCUGGUGGUAACAACACCGUAGCGUCUCCUAGCUACUUGGCCAAGUUCACCGUCAUGGCUGAGAGUCCGAUCGACCUUCUCUCCUUCUCCGCUGAGGGAUCCACAUCAAUCAAAGACACAGCAGAGGAGACUAUGAAAUUCGCCAUUGAUGGUUACCUUAACCACAUGCUCAUGAACACAGGUUUUAGUGUGCUGGAAACCAUCGCUGUCACAGACCAUGUGAUGUCAACAGGAAGGUAUAACAUCCAUGCCAACUCCCCCGCGGGUCUGGAGACGUCUCUGACUGUUACCACCCAGGUCACCAUAGAUUCAAGCAUGCUCUCCGGAGAUAUCAACACAGAUGGAAGCUUGACCGUCGGACCCAUGUCUGCUAGCACCACGUAUCUCUACACCUUCUCCGUUGAGCCAGCGAAGAAAGAAGCUAAACUGGAGAGUACGCUGAGGGUGACCUCUGAAAUCCUGAAGGUUUCCAACAAGAUCAAGGCAUCAUAUGCAAACGAGGAGCUUCUGAUUGAGUCCAACACCAACAUGAACACUGACCCCAUCAAGCACACCACCAAAAUGUCCCUCAGCUACAAAGAUGUCAAGCUUACCAUCCAGUCUGACUCUGUGACCAAGGCUGACGAGCGAAUGAUUCGUAGCCAGAUGGAGUUCGCUGCCUCUGAUGGAAAGGCCAGCCUCAGGAUCGAGAAUCAAGCUGAUGACACAGUGAACCGGGCCUACUCUCUGCUCACCGGGUCCAUGACCCCCUCCGGAUUGGAGAUCAACACUGACGCCUCCUUGAACAUCUUCUCAAGCCUGGCCUCUCACAAGGCAACAUUGGCCCUGAACGAGAAUGGCCUGACCACCAGCUGUACAGCAACCGCUCAGCACAGCCCGAUGACCUUCGAGAAUGUUUUCCACGGCAGCGUUGACACCGCUGGCGCCAGCAUGUCUCUCACCACCAAGGGAGCCAUUAAAGAGAACAAAGCUGAGCUCAAUGUUGAGGGAAAGAUCGCAAGCACAGAAGUGUAUCUCAACAGCAUGCUUAAGGGUAACCUCUUUGACAUCAACACCAGGAACAGAGUGAACCUCAGACUGAAUGAAGACGGCUUGGUCCUCUCCAACAACAUGGUUGGAUCUUUCAACGAGAUGAGGUCCGAAAACACCAACUCUCUAUCUCUUACGCUGAGAUCUUUCGUGCUCCGCUCCAAGACCGACAACUUCCUUGACAAGAGGAACUCCUACAUGCACGACAUCACAGUCAACAUGGAGCGUUUCAUUGCCUCGGUUAAUGUGAAAAAUGACCUGAAGAUCAUGGAGAUUAACUUUGUGAAUGAUGCCCUGUUCAAGGCAGAGCCCUACAACAUGGAGGUGACUGGAACAAUGAUGGGAGUCUUCUCAGAGGAAGAGCUCAAGCACACUUAUGAAGUCAAGUUCGUCGACAUGGUCUUCUCUGCAAAGUGCAACACCAAUGGUAAACUCCUGGGAGCUCAAAUGACACAUACCACCGAUAUGGAGGUUGCUGGUCUAACCGUGACAUUCAACAACGUGGCUAACAUCAACUCACCAGUUCUUCGUAUGGACAGCACAGUCAAAACUGUUGCUGCACCCUUCACUCUGAACAUCGACGCCAUCUUCAACUCAAAUGGCGCAGCUUACCUGUACGGUGCGCAUAGCGGCGACCUGUACAGCAAAUUCCUCCUGAAGGCAGAACCCCUGCUGUUCAUGCAUUCAUUUGAGCACAGAGCCUCAACCACCCAUGAACUGGACGGCAGACCCACCAUCAACACCAACAUGGACAACAAGUUCAACAGCAUGCUGAGCCUCCAAGAGCAAAGCGUCACUCUGAAGAUGAAAUCCUCAGUAAACAAGAACACUUUUGACCAAGAAAUGAGUGCCUUUAACAAUGCAGAGAAAAUGGGCAUUGAGAUGUCAGGAGCUGUUUCAACCGACCUCUACAGUGAUGCCAGUGAAGAUUACGCCAUCUCUGGAUUCGUGAAAUAUGACAAGAACAGCGACAGCCACUUCAUCCAGAUCCCAUUCAUUGAGUAUCUGCCUGCGUUUAUUGAAAACGUAAAGAACACCAUGUUGAGGCUGAUGGACCAAAGUGUUGACAUGCUGAAAGACGUCAACGCCAAGUACGAGAUCAGUGCCAAGCUGCAGAACAAAGUGUCAGAACUGAAGGAGGUCAUUGACAACUUUGACUUCAACCUCUUUGUCCAAGACCUGAGAAAGUAUAUCAACUCAAUUGAAAACAUCAUCACCAGCCUGACAGCCAAGUUCCCAACUGACAAAGUUAUAAAUGUGCUGAGAUCAAUGAAGGACGCCAUCAUGGCUUUCAUCAAGAAGUACAACAUUGCUACCAACUUCGAUGUAAUGUAUACCAAAGUAGAGGAGAUCCUCUCCAGCUAUGAGAUUGAGAAGAUGAUUGGGGCCAUCAUGGAUGAGGUUGUCAAAAUUAUGAAGCAGUACCAGGUGAGGGAAAAGAUGCAGUCUGCUUUUGCUGCUCUCAAGUCAAUUGACACAAAGCCUUUGCUCCAAAAAGUUAUGGCACCUGUCCAGGAGCUUGUGAAUGAGCUGUAUACCUUUAACUUCAAACAGCUGAUUGAUGACAUGAGUGACUAUUUCAUGAGGAUGGUCCAGAAAGUCCAAUCUUUUGAUUAUGACACAUUCACUAUGGAGUUGAAAGAGAAAGUUGCAGAUAUGAGCAAGAUUCCCUGUUUUGGAAAACUCUACGGAGAGUUCAUAGUUACCUCCCCUCACGUCACACUCAGGACCACCGCUGACCUCGAGAACACCACAACUACAUCAGCCACACCAGAGUUCAAAGUCAACUUUAACUCAAGAGGUACGUCUACUUUGAAAGUCCUUGACUUCACCGUGGAUGCCAGUGCUCACGUUGCUGCACCCAAGAGGAGUCGCCUGUCCAUCUCUGAGAACGUUAAAGUUGACCAGGCAUGUUUGACCCUCGACCACAAGGGAACACUGACUCUCUACGGCAUGUCAUGCCAAGCCUCUGCUGAAACUACCGCGAAUGUCAACACUGAGCUCUUUGUUGCCGAGCUUGUCAACAAUGCAUUCGUCGCCAUGGAAGAUGGAGGUUCUGCCACUGUGGAGACCAACUACAAACAUGAUCUCAACAUGCCAGCCUUCAACAUCUUCAGUGAAACAUCAAUGAAUCAAAAGACUGUCCUCCAGGUCGAGGCUGGCACUGCCCGUCUGACCCUUACCAAUCAGGCCAAUGAAAAAUAUGCAGUUCAGGACUCCUCAGAUGAGGCCACCCACAAGAGUGACAUCGAUGUGGUCAUGGAUCUCCACACAGCCAAAGUGACUUUCACUGGAGCAACAGGCACCAGCCAAUACAAGCUGAAUCAGAACGUGGUUGCCGACAUCUGCAUUUUCCGCCACCUAAUUAUUGACGCCAAGUUCGAGACAGAAACACCUUUCAUGAAGGGCAGCGUUGCAGAUAUCAAAUUCCAGGUUAAAGCUGGAGACUUGAAAAUUGAUUUCACUGCCUCACACAUUGCAGAGCUAACUGGACUGGUUGAGGGAACUCUCUCAAACUCUGCGCUUGCUAUGGUCACACCUAGUGAGCUUAUGUUGGACACCAAGAACAAGGGAAAUGUCAAGGUUGCCCUUCCAUUCAAGCUGUCUGGAAAGAUGGAUCUCCAGAAUGACAUCUCUUUGACCCUCAACUCUGAAGUGCAGCAGGCAGGCUGGACAGGUCUGGCAAGAUUCAACCAGUACAAGUACUCCCAUUACUUCACCAUGGAUAAUGGUGAUAGUGAAAUUAACAUAUUCUCCCAGAUCAAUGGAGAAGCAAAUCUGGAUGUGCUGAAGGAGCCAAUCACCAUUCCUGCAAUAACUGUGCCAUUUGUUGGUUUGAGGACACCAAGAGUGGAAGACUACUCUCUGUGGGAAGACACCGGCCUGAGCUCCCUCCUGACCACAACUCAGCAGACGUUUGACAUGAACUCCAAGCUGAAGUACAUGAAGAGCCCUGAGAUGAUGACCAUUAAUAUCAAUGUGGGUCCAGUAAUCAAUUUAAUCAAUCACAAUGUCAAGACUCUGCACAAGAACGUGCUCAUCGGCAAAGACAAGGCUGCUACCGUCCUGGUCGCAUCUUACGACCAAGCCAGGGCAGAGUAUGAAAAAUACAGCAUGGAGUUGCCCAAAACCAUCACAGUCCCUGCCUACAAAGUUCCAGUGAUGAAUAUCGAGAUGUCCACAUUCACCAUUCCCCUACCCGACGUCAGUCUCAUCACAAUGCCCGCUCUGCAUGUUCCAUCCGCCCUCAGCAAGCUGACUCUCCCAAAAAUCACCCUGCCCGAAAUUAAGAGCAUCAGGAUCCCAGUAUUUGGCGAUCUGACCUACCAGUUCUCUAUGAAAACAGCAAUGCUCACGCUUAAAUCUGACGCCAGCAUCCUUAACCAGGACAGCAUCGUCAUCAAACUUGAUGCUUCCUCGACUUCUGAAUUCGAGGUUCUGACUGGAAAGAUCGAGGGAAACGCCAACGUGAACACAGUCGACGGAUUUAAAGUGGCCUCUGUCCUGUCUGUGAAGCACCCGAUGCUCGAGGGAAACCAUGACAGCACCAUCACCCUAAGCUUUGAGAAUGUGGACAUCUCCAUCACCAAUUCAGCAAAGGUCCUGAUGAUGGAAAUCUAUCAGGAGAUUACUGGAAAUCCACAAGAAGGCCUUGUUGUCGCUAUGUCCACUCCAUCUGCAGGACUCGUUGCAGUUCAAAUGCAGACUAAGCUCCCGGCACAAGUGAAAGCAAGACUCUAUGGUCGCUACCCGUCCGAGCCAACAACCGACAUUGAUAUCUUGGGUCUGAAGAUGUCCGUGAUGAACUCUGAGAAGCUGAACAUUCAGACAACCUGGAACAUGGAGAUGCCCUAUGAGGUGAUGCUGGGUUUGAAGAAACAGGUGCCCACAGCCAUGAAAAUGGUGUCUGAUCCUGCUGUCAGGACAUACAACACAAUCUACAAACAAGCUAGAAGCCUUGAGGGUACUUUCGAGCAGGCUAAAGAGCAGGGAAAAGUGAUGUUCAAGAGAGCUAUCGAGAACGUGGCAGCAGCAAGCCCUUCUAAUCUCAUUACAACUGUCACAGAUAAGACCAUUUUGAUCCUCAAGGCGUACCAAAAGAGAGUUGAGAUUGUUCUUGACGCUGUUGUUAAAUUCCUGAGAGAUACCAAGUUCCAGAUCCCUGGGUAUGAACAGAGGCUGUCUGGGCUUGAGGUCUACCAGAAAUGUAGUACUUUUGUUGCCGACGUAUCUGAGGAGGCUGUUGAAAAGAUUCCCGAGUACUUUACCUACGCAUUUACAUCAGUUCUUGAUUAUUUCCAAGCCAUUGAAUUCACCCUUCCCGGCUCUAACCACAUUGUCAGCGGAAGAGAAAUUCUCGAUGACUUGAUUGUAGCUUUGAAGAAAAUUCAGGACCAAGUGAUUGUCACUGUUAGGAAACUGGGCGAAAUCCAGCUGGAAGAUAUCAUCAAUAAAUUAUCUGCAUUUGUGCAGUUUACCAUUGCGCAGAGUGAGAAGUUUCUCCAAACCCUUAAAUCUCAGAACGUAGAGAAGCUCUCCACCUUUGUGAGCGAUGUAUACAAUGAUGCCGUCAACUCUCGCAUCGUGGCUGAUGUCACCAAGCAGGUGGAAGAGGCCUGCAAAAUUGUGGUAGAAUAUCUGAAAGCCGUGAAAGCUAAGCUCCAGAGCAUCGUGGCUGACAUGUCUUUUGAACAGCUUCAAGCCGACAUCCAGUCCUGGAUUGAUUUACUGGUAAAACGUCUGAACGCUUUCCAAAACAAUGUCAUUAAGGCACUUAAGGAGAAAAGCAAAAUUGUUGAACCAUAUGUGAGAGUAGGUGACAGACAGAUGGAGGUUGACAUCCCUUUACCAUUUGUUGCCAAAUUCUAACUGACCAACUUACUAACCUGACUGUAUCCGUUGUGAAACCAUGAUGCAUGUCUCUCUUCUCUGUUUUUCAAAUUAUUAAUUUUGCUCCCUUUGUGUAUUGUACUAUUUAAAAUAUGUGAACUUCAAUAAAGAAAGUUUGUACUGCA